GACGCCGCCGCCACACGUGUUGCCGACGCGGCGCAUCGCGCACACGCGUACACCGCGCUCGUUCGCUCGAUCCGUUUCGUCCGUCGCAGGCGCCGCGCCGUCCGGUCCACCAGCCGAGUGUGUCGUUGUGCGCGUACUUUAUAUAUUAUUAUUAUAUUGUUUUAGGGGAAACGGAUUUUAUUUCUGGUUCGCUUUUACGAUCUCCGUCGGUUGUCGUGGCGAUUUACGUAACCAUGCGGUAACGCUAUUAUAUAUGACGUAUAAACCAUCGUGACGCACUCGUCCUCAAGAUAAUCGGCCUACACAAUUGAUAGGUGCGAAACUGACCAAGACGAAACAUUUCCCAUAUGGAGUUUGCGCUUGGCUGUAGAAUUGCAUAAUUCCAGAAGAUCCGACAGUAAUAUGUCAUCCAUCGCACCUGAAGACCGACCGUUCAUAUUCCGCGUCAACGAUAACGGCACUGGCCCAGUUCUGCUCAUACAGGUGUGUCAAGAACGCGGCUGGAAGGAAUACGAUGGUACUAAGAGCGGAGACUCCGCGUGGUCGGUGCCGGCGGACGAGUAUUGGAAUCUGUGGUGGAAAUCGACUGGAUUCUCAUUGUCGCACUAUAAACAGCAGAAAAUAUGGCAGUUCAACAACCACAUACCCAGUGGAUCAGCAUUAUGCCGGAAGGACAAUUUGUGGCGGUAUUUGAAAUGCAUGAAGAAUAUAUUCGGCACUUCGCUGUUCGGGUUCAGCCCAGACUCUUACAACCUACCGCUAGAGUAUACAAAAUUAGCUGCCGAAUGUAGUCAUGACACUGACGUCGGCGAGAAGUCGAUUUGGAUAUGUAAACCGGUUGGCCAAAGUCAAGGAAAAGGCAUAUCUUUGAUUUCGCAAAUCGGCGAGCUCGUUUAUGACACCAACAUCGUGGUCCAGAGGUACGUGAAGAAUCCUAUGCUCAUCGGCGGAUACAAAUACGAUCUGCGGUUGUACGUGCUGGUGCCGUCUUUCCAUCCACUCACCAUAUACGUCUACAGGGAGGGACUGACCCGGUUCAGUACCGACAAGUAUUCGCUGAAUAACCUGGACAACCACUUUGCGCACCUAACCAACAGUUCGAUCAACAAGUUGGGCCCGAAUUAUUCGGAAACCAAAGAGAAAAUUGGACUUGGAUGCAAGUGGACGCUCCAACAGCUCCGACAGCAUAUACGCCAAGCCGGAGUCAACGAUUGGCUGUUGUGGCAAAAGAUAUCGGUUCUCGUCAGCCUUACGUUGGCCAGCCAAUGCACAGGCAUACCGAGCACGUCAAAUUGUUUCGAGUUGUACGGUUUUGACAUACUGGUCGAUUCUGAUCUAAAGCCCUGGCUUCUAGAGGUGAACCUGAGUCCGGCGUUGGGCAACGAUUGCGACGUGGACAAUCGGGUGAAAAGGCCGCUGUUGCACGACAUGUUCGACCUGCUCGGGCUGCCGAUGUGCAACACCGGUUUGUCGCUGUUCCGGAUGGCGUGCCGGUCGGCGUCGGGUCCAAGGUUCGGCGACGGACGGCCGACCGCGUUGGCCGCCGCGGCCACGGAAAAGUGGAAGUCUAAACGCAAGACGAACAACAACAACGCCGCCGCCGCCAACAACAACAACAACAAUGUCAACAACAUCAACGCUUCGAAGAAGGACGGUACGGCGCCAGUGACGUCGACGGCGCAGUCACAGUCGUCCGCGCGUCAAUCAACGCUGUACGGUCCGGGCAAGCAGCGCGGCGCGACCACGGCGCAAGCAGCGGCCGCCGCCGACCUGUGCAACUCUCCGUUUUCAUCGCCGGUGUGGGGCAACGGUCGGGACUGGAGCAGGCCCGCCGAUUCGGAGGGCGACUGGGUCCGGGUGUUCCCGUUUGUGCCGUCGCCUCGGCAAUUGCCCCGGACUGGCGUCCGGCCGUCGCAGCAGCAGCAACAGCAGCAGUUCGCCCGCAGGCCUGCGUCGUCGUCGCCGUCCGAGACGGGCACGGCCCGCGCGACCAUCAAGACCAUUCAAGAGUACCUGAAGUGUUGCAAGAAGGUGGCCAGGUCAUGCGAGGGCCUGUCCGUCGUGCCGGACGACGAGCUCAACGACAAGCUCAGAGACCUAUUCCCGGCCGCGACGAUGACGUGGCUGCCACCCCACUGAAAGACUUUAUUUUGAUUGUAAUUCGUUCGCCACCUUAUACCUACUUAAAACGUAUAUUUGAUAUGGAUUAUGUUAUAUCGAUUGUUAUUGCGUAUAUUAUAAUAUCGUUUAUGUUAUAUUAUUAUUAUAUACCUGCAGUAUAUAUUUUUUAUAAUAUUUUUCAAUGAAUACGGUUAUUUCGAAUUAUUAUCAACUAUUAAAAUAUAGGUAGGUAGGUAAAAAUAAUUGUAAUAUAAUAUUUUUUUUCCUCUUCUCGCCCUCUCCAAAUUAUUAUAUUAUAUUUAAAACUUAAUCUUAUGAUGCAUAAUGACAUUGUGUUCUGCGAACAGAAACGUUGUUAUAUUAUUUUCCAUGUUGGGUUAAUAAUAUUAUAAUACCUACAUUGGUGUCUCGCUAAUGAUAUAUUUUUCUUCCCAUCAUAAUGUUUUAAUCUACUUGUAAUAUAGUAUAAUAUAUUUAUAAAUAGUAUAACACAAUAUGACGUUAUGUAACGUUCGUCAUUUCAUCGUGACAAAUACCAUUUUAUUGAAUUAGUAUUAUUAGGUACUAUAAAUUUAUUUUGAUGUUACGCAUGAUAAAAUAUAUUAUUUAAAAAUAAUAAUAAAUAAUAAUAUAAUUUGA